GAGAAAGAUGUAAUAAUUUGAAAAAAGGAAAGAUCAACCUUAGGGGCAGAGGUUCCCCCAGAAGCUCUGCGUCUCUCACCGUUUGGUGGAAGAGGGCCCAGGCUCAGCUCGCCAUCGCUUCAUCCCCGGACAGCAUGCCGUCUCUUCCUGUGUGGCGACGGGACUGUUCUUAAUUCUUUUUCAUUGAAAGACUUGCCCGGAUAUUUCUAGGGCGGGCUCUAGAGAUCUGAUUCUCUUGAAAUUCAUGAAGUCUUUCCACUCCAGACGCACACAUCUUUGUCCCUUCAGCUCGGAGUGGUUCAUACUCGGUUAUUUCUUUGCUUAUUGUUUCGACCCUAAUUGCCCUUUAUUUCUCCCUAGCCACAGACUUAUCACAUUUGGUCUCAGCUAAGCAUACUGUCUGUUUAUUAUAUUUUUUCUUGUCGUGUUUGUGGGUGUCAUCUUUUACUUCUGUGUUUUGGAGGAACUAGCAGUGUUUGUCCUUAAAUGGUAUUAACCAUUGAAUUGAUUCUCUGUGGGGUUGGUUUUGCUCUUUCCUGCCUCCGUUGUGAAUGUUUAAUCCAGCUGCUUGGAGCAAAUUUCCCUGGACCCUUGCCAUCUUCCAUCUCCACCACUGUGUUUGGAAUGGGGAAGUCCUGGUUAAGAGCGUAGAUCCUGUACACAGACAACUGGCCUCCGGUCCCAGUGCUGCCACUUUGUGCUGUGUGACCUUGAGCAGGUUGCUCAGCCUCUUUGUGCCCAGGCUUCCUCAUCUGUUCACAGUAACUUCCUCACUGAGUUGAUGUGAACAUUAAGUGAGUUAACAGAUGUGAAGUAAGCAGAACACUGCCUGGCACAGAACAGGUGCUCAGAAAAUGUCAUCUAACAUCACCAGCAGCUAUUGGAGGGUCAUUUCUAAGAUGUGGGAGUUUUCCCCAGGGCCAGCCCAUUAUGACUUUGUGUCCCAGCUUCCCUGGGACCCUAUCGUCUUGUAUUCCAUGAGGGAAACCAGCUGUUGCCUAAGGUUUUCUUUUGGGCGUUGCCCUAGAUGCGGAAUUUCUGUUGCUCCUAGGCCGAGUUUUUAGGGGAUGGUCUCUCCCUUCCCCUCAGGGUUCUAAGUGUUUCAGGGCAUCACCCUUGAGUGAGGCAAAUUCCGGCCGGAGGGGGCUGUUUGCCCCGCCGUGGAGCCGGCGUGCACAGCACAUGCUGGAAGGCCAUGCGGGCGUGGGUAAAAUCCUGAUGGACACUGAGUGACCAAGGAGAGGGAUGGCCCUGAGUGCCCCACGACUAUAUCGUACACCUCAACUUUCUCAGACACGACGUGUGUGCUCCUGGUGCAGGUUCACACCGUGCCCGAGUCUUACCUGCGUCCCUGAACCUUCCUCUCGGGCACUUUAUGUGGGGCUGCGACAGCGCUGGGCGUCUCUCCCUUGGGCUUUCACCCGGUACCCAUGGGGUAGGGAGGGCUGCGUGUGGUCUCACACCCCGCCCUCCGCGAACGUGACCUUAGACCUGUCUCUGUGAUCUAAUGCUCGGCACCAAGUAUAUUUUACAAGAUGUGCAAGUGUCACUAUACGCAUAAAUUUUAAAAUACCUAAAAGUAAUAAAAUAAUUUAAAGCACUCCAAACAUAGGAAAGAUGGAUGCAGAAUUCAUCACUCUGGAGAAAUGUUCCCUCUAAACCCCAACUCAGAAGAAACUCGCCUCAAAUAUUUUCUGCAAGUUUUCUGGACCAAACAGGAGAGACAGGAAAACACACCCUGCAACAUACUCCCAAGCAAAUGAGUAAGAACUGAGUGUAGAAAAUCAACCAGCAGUAAUGAGGGCUCUCCUGCAGCCCGCGCUCAGCAUCAACACGGAAGGGAGGGCGUCCUGGGGACAACACAAGCCAGGGAGGGGUAUAAAAGCCCACGGCCCCGGGUACCAUACACACUCACACACUCCCACACUAAUACACACCCUCCUCCAGCCCCACCGCCCCACCAUGGCCGCCUCCACCCUGUCCGUCUGCUCCAGCGACCUCAGCUAUAGCAGCCGGGUCUGCCAGCCCGGUGCCUGGGACUCCUGCCCUGACUCCUCCUGGCAGGUGGACGACGGCCCAGAGAGCUGUUGCGAGCCCCCCUGCUGUGCCCCCAGCUGCUGCGCCCCGGCCCCCUGCCUGACCCUCGUCUGUACCCCCGCCAGCUGUGUGUGCAGCCCCUGCCAGUCAGCCUGCAGCAGCUCCUGCACGCCCUCGUGCUGCCAGCAGUCUAGCUGCCAGCCGUCCUGCUGUGCCUCCUCCUCCUGCCGGCAGGCCUGCUGCGUGCCCAUCUGCUGCACCUCCGUCUGCUGCAAGCCUGUGUGCUGUGUGUCUGUCUGCUCUGGGGUCUCCCCCUGCUCAGACUCCUCAUGUUGCCAGCAGUCUAGCUGCCAGCUCUCCUGCUGCACAUCCUCCCCCUGCCAGCAGGACUGCUCUGUGCCUGUCUCCUGCACCCCUGUCUCCUGUACCCCCGUCUGCUGCAAGCCCGUGUGCUGUGUGCCCAUCUGCUCUGGGGCCUCCCCCUGCUCAGACUCCUCAUGUUGCCAGCAGUCUAGCUGCCAGCCCUCCUGCUGCGCCUCCUCCUCCUGCCAGCAGGACUGCUGUGUGCCCGUCUGCAGCACCUCUGUCUGCUACAAGCCUGUGUGCUGUGUGCCUGUCUGCUCUGGGGCCUCCCCCUGCUCAGACUCCUCAUGUUGCCAGCAGUCUAGCUGCCAGCCCUCCUGCUGCACUUCCUCCCCCUGCCAGCAAGACUGCUGCGUGCCCGUCUCCUGCACACCCGUCUGCUCCAAGGCCACCCCCUGCCCAGCCCCCUCGUGCUGCCAGCCCACCCCCUGCCCCCCGUCCUGCUGCAAACCCUCCUCCUGCGUGUCCCUCAUCUGCCGCCCCGUGUGCAGGCCCACCUGCUGCGUGCCCGUCCCCUCCUGCUGCGGCCCCGCCUCCUGCCAGCCCAGCUGCUGCCGCCCGGCCUCCUGCGUGUCCCUGCUCUGCUGCCCCACGUGCUCCCGCACUGCCCGCUGCAGCCCCGCCUCGGCCCAGAAGUCCUGCUGCUGACCUGGCAUGUCCCUGAGGGCCAGCCGUGCUCCAGGCCCAUGGCCAGUGGGACUGAGCUCCGAGAUACCAGCACUUAGCCUUCUCCAGGAGUUUAUAACCCCAGAAAAGACCAGCAGGCUGUCUCCUCUGUGUUCACCAGAAAGAAAAGGGACUCCCUUUUCCUCCAGAGUCUGCCCAGCAGUUGCUGCCACAGCCAUCCCAGAACCCAGCACAGGCCUGAGCCAUCAGAGGGGGUCCUGAUUCUCUGUCCCCCGGCCCCUCCUCCAGUCCCUGCCCCUGUCAGUCGCAUGGGAGGACCUGCCACCUGACCUGAUAAACUCGCCUCCUUUUCUCCA